AAUGGGAAGGCUUCACAAUCUUCUCAUUGGCUCAGAAGUCACAGACCUCGUCAUAUAAAGAGAGUGCCUGAUCUGGCACCCCCCCCCCUUUCCUGCUGGCGAGUGUUGAAGAGCUCCAACUAGCUGAAAAAACCCUUUUUACGCACGGAGAGCUUGGAGACGCUGCGACGAGCGCUUCGUUGUUUCGAUCAGCAAAGAGUUUACCAGCAACAGCAGUGAACUGAAGCAUCUGAGUGGGCAUGUGGUUGCUGGAGAAGCUGCGCAGCUCUGUGGAGAGCAGUGGGACACAUUCCCAGCCUCCACAGACGACAGAGGCCAUUCCCGUUGCUGUUUAUGCCAAUGUGCUCACCCCCGAAAGGAUCCCUGAUUUCUUCAUCCCCCCCAAACUCAUCUGCUGUCCCCCUGAGGAGUCCACCAGCCCAGAACCCAAGCCCCGCACCAAUCUGAGACCCUCCUCCUCCGACAACGCUAUCUGCAGCCAGAGCCCCCGAGCCCGGAGCAGCAAGAGCAUCUGCAGCCCUCGCCUGUUCUGCCGCAACUUGCAAAAGUCUGCCAACCGUCACAUCAUCCAGAUAGAGACGGCAGAUGAGCCGGGCACUGGGACAAUGGACAAGCACACUGUGAACAUCAAUACCAAUGCUGACCCUCAGUCACAGACUGCCAUGUCCUUGCCGUAUGUCCCAAAAGCUCAGACCUCCUAUGGCUUCUCCACCUUGGUAGAAUCUCCUCACACUAGACGCAAGGAAAGCCUGUUCCACAGUGAUCCCAACAGCCCCCUUAACUCCCCAAGCUCCCAGAGGCGCUCCCAAGGGGGGACUCUGCUGGCCCCAGCUGACCCCAAUCCUUAUCGCUACUUCAGUGGAGGAGAGAGUGACACCUGCUCAUCCGCUGAGUCUUCCCCAUUUAACUCCCCCCUCCUCUCCAGGUCUGCUUCUCUACUUCGAUCUAUUACCCAGGAAACGCAGGCUAAGGUAUCUCGUGCAAGACGCUCCCUGGCACGCCACAGUUCUCUCUCCACUGACGAAUGCAGCUCUGCCGACAACAGCCCCAACAUGCAGCGCCGCCGCGCGCGCUGCCCCCCCUCUCCUGCCUUCCGAGGAGCCAAAGCUGGCAGCUCCAGGCCAGCAGCCUCAGAUCUCCUGCAGCGUGAGCACACCAUCAACCUCCACAAGGGGGGCACCCUGAAGUUGAGCACCCACUAUGACCCCGAAGCCGCCCGGCUAAGGGUGCGUGUGCUCGCCGCAGAGGCCCUCUACAACAGGCAGACGGACCUGAAAAGCAUUAACUGCUGUGUGGCACUCUACCUGAACCCCGGCAAGCAGCAGAAACAACGGAGUACCAUCAUCAAGAACAGCAGGAACCCGGUGUUCAAUGAAGACUUUUUUUUCGAUGCACUGCCCCAGGCGCAAGUGAAGAAUCUGGCCAUGAAGAUAAAGGUUGUGAACAAAGGAACCAGUCUGAAGAGAGAUGUGCUUCUAGGUGAGAGGGAGGUGCUGCUCAGUGAGCUGCUCGCAAACCUCUAGGGAGAUCUUGUCAAGGCUCCAGUGAAAGCGAGCGGCUCGUCUCAUCUCUGUCGACCUUUUCAUCCCACCCUUCCGGAUACCGGGCAAGAAGCAGCAUACCAAUGACCAGGGAGCUGCAUCUUGCACAUGGCGUUGUGUGUAUCGACAGAGAUCCUCUUGUCAUGACUAGUUAAGCUUAGACAAAGACAUGCAGGCAUACUUUAAGUGCUUGCUGGUAUGUGAGCUUGUGAAUGGCAGAGCGGUGUUUGUGUAUUUUUCUUGACGCGCUGACUUUCCAAAAAGGUGUUGCCCCUUUCUGAUGUAGCUCUUUUCGGUUCAUAUGUCUAACUUGAAGUUGUAUUUUUGUAAUAAAUCUACUCUAUUAUUGCUUACAAAAGUUUUGCAUGUCACUGUGCAAAUGAUAAAUGCCUUUGUGUACUUGAAAGACUGGUUUUGAAAGACUCCUAUUGUAAAUAUGACUGACACAAUGUAAGAAGUUUCAGAACUUACCAAUAAAGAGCACACUAAAAAUACAA